GCCGAAGAAAACGGGACAGAGAGCCGGAGAGAGGCGGACAGAGGGAUUGAUUUCCCCCCGGUGAUUUUACUGAGCUGCUCCAGCGGACUUCAGGUCUCAGAAUGUCAUCGCAGAUCAGCGCUGAGGAGAUGGAGGAGAUGAGGGAGGCCUUCCAGAAAGUGGGAUGUCUUGAUAAACAUGGAGCAGCUUCAGUUGGAACGACUCUAAACUGGGUUUUUUUGUGUGUGCGCAUUCAGAUCUUCAAGGAUCUAAAGGAUGACAAGUUGGCCACGGGUUUCAGGACAGCUCUCAACAAGAAGGAAGGCAUUGUAGCCAUCGGGGGCACAAGCGAGAUCUCCAGUGAAGGAACUCAACAUUCGAUCUCCGAGCAGGAGCGCUUUGCCUUUGCCAACUACAUCAACUCUUCUUUGGAGUCGGAUCCGGACUGUAAACAUGUUUUGCCUAUUAAUCCCAACACUGAAGCCCUGUUCAAAGCUGUGGCAGAUGGCAUUGUGCUUUGUAAACUCAUCAACCUCUCUGUGCCGGACACCAUCGAUGAGAGAACCAUCAACAUCAAGAAACUCACUCCUUUCACCAUAAAUGAGAAUCUGAACUUGGCUCUGAACUCAGCCUCAGCCAUCGGUUGUCAGGUUGUCAAUAUCGGAGCUCAGGAUCUGAAGGAGGGAAAACCUCACCUGGUGCUCGGACUCCUCUGGCAAAUCAUCAAGAUAGGACUCUUCGCUGAUAUAGAGCUGAGCCGAAAUGAAGCUAUAGCAGCGUUGCUCGAGGAAGGCGAGAGUCUGGAAGAGUUGCUGAAGCUCAGUCCUGAAGAGCUGCUGCUGCGCUGGGCCAACUUCCACUUAAAGAAAGUCGGCAUGAGCAUAACAAACUUUUCUGGGGAUAUUAAGGACUCCAAGGCGUACUACCACCUGCUUCAGCAGAUUGCUCCAGAUGGCAGCAAUGAGGAACAUCCCCGGGUUGACAUUGAUAUGUCUGGUGUACAUGAGAAUGAUCUUAUGAAGAGAGCCGAUUGCAUGCUGGUCCAGGCCGACCGCCUCGAGUGCCGACAGUUUGUAACAGCUACUGAUGUCGUGUGUGGAAACGCAAAGCUCAACAUGGCCUUUGUGGCCACGCUUUUCAACAAACACCCAGCUCUCACCAAACCAAGCGACCAGGAAUGGACUGUUUCAAGUGAGACCAGGGAGGAGAGAACCUUCAGGAACUGGAUGAACUCUCUUGGAGUCAGUCCACAUGUUCACCGCAUCUACGGUGAUCUGAUGGAUGCCAUAGUGAUUCUGCAGCUUUAUGAAAAGUGUAAGGUGCCCGUGGACUGGGACAACAGAGUCAACCUUCCUCCGUUCAAGGGAGGAGGAGGCCAUAUAAAAAAGAUUGAAAACUGUAACUAUGCUGUGGAGCUGGGUAAGGAGAAAGCCGGUUUUUCUUUGGUGGGAAUUGGCGGACAGGACCUGUUCGAUGGAAACGAAACUCUGACCCUGGCUCUGGUGUGGCAGCUGAUGAGGAGGUACACUUUAAAUAUCCUGGAAAACCUUGGAGAUGGAGACGUUGCGGGAGAUGAUCUGAUAAUCACGUGGACAAACAAGACUUUGGCUGGAGCUGGCAAGAGCUCAUCUAUCAAAAGCUUUAAGGACAAAACGAUCAGUUCCAGUAUUCCAGUUCUGGACCUGAUUGAUUCCAUCCAGCCACAGAGUGUGAACUUUGAGCUGGUAAAAAAAGGGAAUCUCUCGGACGAAGACAAGCUGAGCAAUGCCAAGUACGCCAUCUCAAUGGCCAGGAAGAUCGGCGCCAAAGUCUACGCCCUGCCUGAGGACCUGGUAGAAGUCAACCAGAAAAUGGUGAUGACCAUCUUCGCCUGCCUGAUGGGGAGAGGAAUGAAGAGGGCUUAAAAGGAGACACGCGUGAACAUAGAGUACACACAACCACACACGUAGUGACCGGCUGGGUUUGGUGAAGAGAGUGAACACAGCUUUACUGUCUCGUUCUUUUAAGUGGUUUUUCAGUGGUAGCCAAAACAGAAGUGAAUCUACUCUGCGUCCAUUGUGUAGAUCGACGCAAACAAUGCGGAGCUCAAAAGGAAUUAGAAUUUCUGGAUAGCCACAGACGUUUUAGGAAAGUGGAACUGCUAUACCGACUACAUGACAAUAAUAUUUAGCUUUGGUUUGGGUAUUUUCUGGAUGUCAGUUUAACUUUAGGGCCGUGUGGUUGCAGAGCGAUCAGCAUCCUCCUACUGCUCGUAGACGUGAACAUCAGCGUGAAUGUGUCUAAACUGGAGGGUCUGCUGGUAUAGAUGCCCACAUGUGACCCUAUGCAGUGAAAACCUGUUGAGAAAAUGAGAACUUGUGUCUUAAAAGCUGUGACACACGAGAUACAUACUAAGACAGUCAGCACUUCACAUCUCUGUCCAACAUUUUUAAUCUGUUUUUUUUUCCCCCUCUUUAAUAGUAUUUUGCUGUGAUUUUAUCUUUGUAAUCCAGCUUUUUUUUUUCUUUCCCAACAUACAUGACACUUUAUCAGCUAAAAUGCCUCAAAAUGUCACGUGUCACUGUCUGUACCUCCCAAUGUGCCAGCUUGUUCACACUAAGAGCAUUUAUUGUACUGAAGCCAUAAUAAUCUUUACCCUUCGGGCCUUUUAAAAAAAAUAAAAAAGCAGACCAAAGCAGUGCUAAAAUAUAGUUUGUGUCUAGUUUAUGUACACUAGAAUGCAAAUACUUAUUUUAUUUCACUUUAAGUCUCUUAUAGCUACUUCCAGUAGGACUCUCAUGAGGAUAUUUAGUGGACGGAUUGAUUGAUUGUGAUGUAUUGAGGUAUUUGUAAUUGAUUUUCUGUUUAGUUUAAGAGAUUAAAGAAACAUUUGUAUCUUAAUGGGUCUUUUUUAUUUCAUAAAAACACCUCCAUUUAUGCAGAAAACUCCUUAAACGUCUUUUUAUACGUUACAAUCCAACAGUUUUUCCAUUGUUUAUACGUAAACCUGAAUACUGAAUAAGAACCAGGAAAUAUAUCAGAAUAUGCCAAUCAACACACGCCUUAGUAACAAGUUAAAGCUGUUGUACACAUAGCUCCCAAUUAACAAAAUGAACACAGAUUAUUCUGUUGGAUCUGUGCAGAAGUUUCUUUUCAAACACCAGAAAUGUAACGAGUUUAAGCUGCUACUGCUUUUUAGAGAAGAUGAUGAAUGCCUGUAUUGUGCACUGCUUGUGAGAGGAUGAUUCCCAGACUGCAGUAACAGAGCAGCUGAAUUGAAUGACUCUGAUUGUUAAAGGGGAAAAAAACAUCUACAGCUAAGACACUAUUGAUUUCUAGCAUUCUGACCGAAUGCUGCAGUUGAAUAUGUGGCUAUGUUUCAAAGUCAUCCAGGUUUGUUGCUGCUGCUGUUAAUAUUCCACUUUUUCCCCCUUUUCUCCCAAAGACUUUCCCAGUAAAGCACUUUCCAAUUGGUGUGUUAUCUUUAUUGAUGGUUUGGAUACCACUGUGGUCAAAAAUGCUGUUUUACAUGCAAGCAAUACUCCCAAACGUCAGUGUGUGUAAUCAGAUCAGUUAUGUUGAAUAAAAGCAUUUUUCCAAAUA